CCUCCAGUGAUGCCUAAUCUCAUUUACAGCGGCUGCUGCCAGAUCUGCUGGCAGCUGCAGUUUCUUGGCCGCGGUUUUCGGUGAGGGAGCCGAGAGCGCUGAGGAGGAGGAGGGAGGAGGAAGGCUGUGCGGUGUGGCGGAGCGGCAGCACCUUUGACGUGCCCGUCCCCCACGUGACGGCCGCUCCACUGCGGGGAGGGAGCUGAGCCGCCGCCGCUCCGGCAGAGCACGGGAGAGCCGCAGCCUCGGCGGCGGCAGCAGCGCCUCCGCCCGCAGUGCGUGUGUGUGCGUGUGUGUGAUGAGCGAUCGCCGCGUCCCUCCGCCCGCUGCCGGCUGACACCCACCAGGAGCAGCAGGAGCCGCGGCCAGCGCGCAGUGACCUUGGCCCAGAGUGCAGCAUCCAAAAGCGGAUCAAAUUUGUGGGACAUGGCACAAGGAAAUAAUUAUGGGCAAAGCAGCAAUGGGGUGGCUGAUGAAUCCCCAAACAUGCUGGUGUACAGAAAGAUGGAAGACGUCAUAGCCCGCAUGCAAGAUGAGAAAAAUGGGAUUCCUAUUCGUACAGUGAAAAGUUUUCUUUCCAAGAUUCCCAGUGUCUUUUCUGGUUCAGAUAUUGUUCAAUGGUUAACGAAGAACUUAUCGAUAGAGGAUCCAGUUGAAGCUCUGCAUUUGGGAACUCUGAUGGCAGCACAUGGUUAUUUCUUUCCAAUCUCAGACCAUGUUCUAACACUGAAGGAUGAUGGCACCUUUUACCGAUUCCAGACACCCUAUUUUUGGCCAUCAAAUUGUUGGGAGCCGGAAAACACAGACUAUGCUGUUUACCUCUGCAAGCGGACAAUGCAAAACAAAGCAAGGCUAGAACUAGCAGACUAUGAAGCUGAGAGUUUGGCCAGGCUACAGCGAGCUUUUGCUCGGAAAUGGGAAUUUAUUUUUAUGCAAGCUGAAGCACAAGCAAAGGUUGACAAGAAGAGAGACAAGAUAGAGAGGAAGAUUCUUGACAGUCAGGAGCGAGCAUUUUGGGAUGUGCACCGGCCGGUGCCUGGCUGUGUAAACACUACUGAAGUGGAUAUAAAAAAAUCUUCAAGAAUGAGAAAUCCACAUAAAACAAGAAAGUCUGUCUAUGGCUUACAAAAUGACAUUCGAAGUCACAGCCCUACGCACACGCCAGUGCCAGAGACUAAGCCACCCACAGAAGAUGAGCUACACCAAGAGAUUAAGCACUGGCAAAUGCAAUUAGACAGACAUAGAUUAAAAAUGUCAAAAGUUGCAGAGAGUCUAUUAGCUUAUACAGAGCAGUAUUUGGAAUAUGAUCCUUUUCUUGUGCCCCCUGAUCCCUCAAACCCUUGGAUAUCAGAUGACACCACUUUCUGGGAACUGGAGGCAAGCAAAGAGCCAGGACAGCAGAGGGUGAAACGAUGGGGAUUUGGCAUGGAUGAAGCUUUGAAAGACCCUGUGGGAAGAGAGCAGUUUCUGAAAUUCUUGGAGUCAGAAUUCAGUUCAGAAAAUUUAAGGUUCUGGUUAGCAGUGGAAGACCUGAAGAAGAGGCCCAUCCGUGAAGUUCCCGCUCGCGUCCAAGAGAUCUGGCAAGAAUUUCUGGCUCCGGGUGCGCCCAGCGCUAUCAACCUGGAUUCCAAAAGUUAUGACAAAACCACUCAGAAUGUGAAGGAACCUGGAAGAUACACAUUUGAAGAUGCUCAGGAGCACAUUUACAAACUGAUGAAAAGUGAUUCUUAUCCUCGUUUUAUACGAUCCAGUGCCUACCAGGAGCUGCUACAGGCCAAGAAAAAGGGGAAAUCGCUCACAUCAAAGAGGUUAACCAGUCUAGUGCAGUCCUACUAAAAGGAUCACCUUGUAGCAUGGAAGCAGACUCAAAUCAUUAUACAUACUUUGUAGCUCACUGAUUGCCUGACUCAGAGGACAGUAGAACAAGAUGUUGCAUGAGCAAGGACCUGACUUGUUUUCUUUUGUGUAUACUAAGGCAUUACAGACUCCGAGGGACUCUCUAGCCUUUCGAUGCCUCCAUUUCGAAAACUGUCUGCUCACUUCCUCCUUCAUAUCAAGCUGGAUCUGUGUCUUUUUAUUUUCUGCAAGCUCAAGUACAGUGAAAAAAAAGCUUCUGCUAGGCACAGUUUAUUAAAAAAAUACGUCAAUCAAAAACUGGAAGAAAUGUAAAAAAUGCAUAUAUUAAUAAAUAUACAUAUGGCAUCACAUUUAUUGCACAAUAAAUUAGCACAGAAGGUUUCAUUUCACUGAUGUAUUCACAUUGAGAAAGAAAGCCUGUGUCUUUGUCUGUUGUCUGUAUAUUCUCUGUUAAUGUUUCUUGCAUUUAUUUUUAUACCAUAUUUAAAAAAAGAACACCUUUUACUCCAGAUGUAUUAAAGUUGAUCCUUUCUCUGUAAAUUUGUGUAUGUUUAUAUUGUUGUUUUAUCUUUCAUUAAAAGAUGCAGAAUCUCUUUCCUUUGGG